UGCUCGCGCAGAAAUGAGGAACCGAAAAGAGAAGCUCAUCACCAUCUGGGGAACAAAAGUGAAAAGGGGCGAGUAAACUGGUGGAAAAGUUCACUUUUAACCCAAACGGCAGCUGCUCGUCUUCCUCCGCGGCUCAGAUCUGACCACCGGCUCGGUUGCUUCUCACCGUAAACUCGGUAAAUCCGUCGGUUUCUUCACGACUCUCUGAAACGUUAAUGGCGGAAGCUGCAAAAAGCUGCGCGACGUUUUAGUCGACGUUCUGCAGCUCAGCUCGGGUUUAAAUCACUGUUUUAGUUUCUGGUUUCUCGCUUCACUGGGUCGUUUGACUUCAGUGUGUCACACUCGCAGAGUUACAAAUCUGGGGAAUCCCGAGCUGAGUUUCUGAGUUCACAACCUGCCGUUUGGCCCGCGGUGCAGUUUCACUUUAACGUCCCGGUUUGUUCCGUAGAGCUCCCGGUUUGUCAGCGGGGGCACCGUGAAGAUGGACGUUUGGAAAAUGAGCAUCGGUUCCCUCAGUGAAGAAGUUUUGAACAAGCUGUCGAAGAUGCUGGACAACCCCACCUGCGGAUGGAGGCAGCUGGCCACCGCAGCGUCCGAGCAGCCGAAAUUCCGCUGCAGGUGCUGAGCGCUGCAGGUAGCCCAGCUCGGACCCUCCUGGCCCGGCUAGCUGAUCGCUCCUGCUCCCUGGACUUCCUGCUCCACUGCCUGAGGAAGAUGGACCAUCAGGAAGCCGUGCAGUUCCUCACCACCACAGUGGCAGAGCUGAUUCAGGUCACGGAGCAGCCUCAGUCCCAGCAGGCCACAGCCGGCAGCAGGGUGGUGCUGACCUGCAGGGCUUCUGGUCCUCCAGGACUCACCUACCAGUGGUUCAGAGGCAAUCAGGAGGUUAAGGAUGAGACAGGCAGUUCACCAGAGCUGGUUCUGUGUCCUUUAAGCCAAGCCCACCAGGGUCACUUCAUCUGUCGGAUCAACCACGGAGACAACUGCGUCUUCUCCCAGUGGGCUCACGUUCAGUUGGUCCGCUCUGCAGGUUCUAGUCCAGGCUACAGCAGCAGUCUGUUUCCAGGCUCUGUUAGCGGGCUACGGGUCGUUCAUCAGCCUCGGUCUCAGGCGGCGUCUGAAGGCGACACUCUGGUCCUGGAGUGCAAUGCAGAAGCCAACCCGCCCGCUCAGUAUGAGUGGUACCACAACGCAGUGCCCAUGCCACAACACAAGACACGCUCGCUCAAAAUCCCAUGUGUGACCACAGAGCACAGAGGAGAGUACAGAUGUAAGGUGUUCAACUUGUACCAUCAGGCGUGGAGCGACACGGCAACAAUCUCUAUCGGCCCCAGUUCUGUCACUGAUGCCUCCUGGGUAGAAGUAGAUCGUGGUCUCGAGUCCCAAGAAGUCCACAGAUCAACCUUUGGAGCAGGAGUACCUCCGCUUCGACAGAUGGCCAGUCUGCCUCAGUCAGCAAAAAAUUUCUAUGCGACGGACAAAGUUGCUCUCCUGAUUGGCAACAUGAACUACGUCCACCACACACAGCUGUGCGCUCCCAUUUCUGACGUCCACGAGCUGACCAACCUUCUGAGACAAAUGGACUUCAAGGUGGUUUCUCUGCUCGACCUCAACUGGCAGGAGAUGCACAGUGCUGUUACCGAGUUCCUGCUGCUGCUUGACAAAGGAGUUUAUGGUCUGCUGUAUUUUGCCGGUCACGGCUAUGAGAACUACGGCAACAGCUUCAUGGUUCCCAUCGAUGCUCCGGCCUCGUACACCUCAGAGCACUGCCUGUGUGUUCAGAAUAUACUCACCAGGAUGCAGGAGAAGGAGACUGGACUCAAUGUGUUCCUGCUGGACAUGUGCCGCAAAAGAAACAUUUACGACGACAUCAUUGUACAGCCUGGACUGGUGAAGGUGACGGCAAACAUCGUGUUUGGUUAUGCCACAUGCGUUGAUGCCGAAGCUUAUGAGGUGAAGAGGGAAGACGUGUCGAAUGGCAUCUUCAUAAGCUUCCUCAAACGAAGGGUUUGUGAGGACGAGAAGGUCACUGUCAUGCUGGACCGAGUCGCUGAAGACAUGGGUCGCUUUGAGAUCACACGUGGGAGGCAGGCUCUGGAGCUUCGCAGUAAUUUGUCUGAGAGACGUUCACUCACCGACCCGAUCCAAACUGCUGAAUGUUCUGCAUCCUAUAAAGCUCGAAACCUGCAGUGGGCUGUUGCUCACGUGCUGCCUAAGAGCCACUGCCUCCAGUUUGACUGUGGAGUGAAGGUUCAGCUCGGCUUCGCUGCAGAAUUCUCCAACAUCAUGGUCAUCUACACCCGGAUACUGGAGAAACCCAAAGAAAUCGUUUCCUGCUCUGCUCAGCUUACGGAUUUCCCAGAAGGAGUGGACAUUGAUCUAAAGAAGAGUAAUCAGGAGACUCUGCUUGAAGCCGGCAGUUUAUUAUUGAUCAAGGAGGGUCUGCCUUCACCGGAGGCUCCCAGUCUUUAUACCCGCAUCCGCAGCCUGCAGAGACUCAGGACGGAGCUCACAUUCACCGUCUGCCUCCACUACACGUAUUCCAACAUGGAUGAAGAAGUCCAGGAAAGGCAGCCGGUAACAAUCGGCAAACCGCUGGUCUCCAAGCUCAACCUCCACGAACCGCGCUCGGAUCGCGUCUGCUCGGCCUCCUCGUCCUUCAGCCUCGACUCCUUCAGCGUUACAGAGUGCUCCUCCUUCACCGAGGGAUUCGCCUCCGUUGACUCGGCUUCAAACACGUGGUCACAUUACGCGCAACCCGGCAGAGAUUCUUCCAGUGCCGACCGUCAGACUUCAUCCAGGAGCGCCAAUGUACCAGAGGAGACCGACUGUCCGGAGUUUUUUGGUUCCCCUGAGCCUCUUGUUGCUAGUAAAAGUUUGCCCCACAGCCAAGUGAAUGACCUAAACUACAAAUUUAGUGAUAUGUGCAAUUUUCAUUCUUAUUGAGCUUCAUGACUCUUGUGGUGAUGAAUCAGAGGAAAGCACUGUGGCCAAAGCUAAUCCAAAGAAAACUAUGGAUUUGUUGGAUCAGUUUUGUCUUCACCCUUCAAUAUAAGGUGCCUUGAGAUGACAUAUGUGGUGAAUUGGCAUUAUAUAAAUAAAAAUGAACUGAAUUGAAGAACAUAUAACCAUUUCAGUAAAGCUGGCAGAGACCUCAGAUCACUGUAUCAGUGGCAUUUUUAUUUUUGGCGUCCAAGACUAUAACCAGGAUGUUUUAGAUUUUCUUUAUGUAUUUCUUUUUAUUCAUAUCAUAAAAAAUUUUAACAAUUGUUCUGGAUUUGUUCAUCUGACCUUUCGAUCAUGCAUUAAAACUGUAGAAAUAUUCUGGUAUACAAGUAGUAGUAGUUGAAAAAUAGGCUUUAUUUUACUGUUUCUCAAAGUCUGAUGUAUUAAAAUAUAAAGCUAAAGUAUUUUUUCUCUCAUCAAGUGUUUUAUUUUUACUGUUACUAUGAUUUUUAUUGAAAUGUAUCUGUUUCCGUUUCAUAAAUUGUUGCCGUGACAUUGUUGUGCGAGUGGAUGUUUCCCCAUAAUUACAUAUUGAACAUUGCUGCACAUGCAGUAGAUUUACUCUAAUUAUCAAUUAUUUAUUUGGGGUAUUGCCUUAUCGGGCAUUAUUAUUGAUGAACUUUUCCUCCUCAUCAGCAUCUGCAUCUUUUCUCCUGGACUAUUUAAAAUGUCUCAAGUUACAAAUAAAUACAAUUUAUGAAAUCAA